AUCUUUACUUCCUGUCUAGCGAGAAUGGAAAUGCUCUCUGUGCAGAAGUUCCUUUUGUCAUCAGGUGAUUUUAUGUCUUUUGGUCAAAAACUGACUCAGUGAUCAGCUGAGAAGAUCAACUGGGGCAGAAUGUUUCAUCUUUUGGGAGAGUCUGCUGUUAUUCUGUGUGUAAAAAGAAACUUUAAAAAAGGAAGCAUAAAGGGUAGACUCCCCCACCUCUCAGAUUCAGUCUGACAGCAACCUGAGAAAACACAAAAUGAAUUCUGAAACAAAACGGCAAUUGAACAUAGUUGUUUUAGGAACGGCCUUUAUGUUUAUGUUCACUGCUUUCCAAACAUGUGGAAAUAUUGCGCAAACUGUUAUCACAAAUUUAAAUCAUACUGAUUUCCAUGGCAGUGGCUAUACAAGCAUGGCUGUUAUUUAUGGGGUGUUUUCGGCAUCAAAUCUUAUCUCACCUUCAGUGGUUGCCAUCAUAGGACCGCAGUUGUCCAUGUUUAUCAGUGGUAUAUUUUACAGCAUAUAUAUUGCCAUUUUUAUCGAGCCUUCUACUUGGACUUUCUACACAGCCUCUGUUUUCCUUGGAAUAGCAGCUGCUGUCCUAUGGACUGCUCAAGGAAACUGUCUGACAAUAAAUUCCAACGAACACACAAUUGGGAGAAACAGUGGCAUCUUCUGGGCAUUACUGCAAUCCAGCUUGUUUUUUGGAAAUCUCUAUAUAUACUUUGCCUGGCAAGGAAAAACACAAAUAUCAGAGAACGACCGUAGGACUGUCUUCAUCGCUCUGACAGUGAUUAGUCUUGUUGGCACCGUUCUGUUUUUUCUCAUUAGAACUCCAGAAGAAUCACACUCGGAGGAAGAAGAAGCUGAAGCCACUGACGACACCCUUGUAGAGCACAUGUCUGAACAAAGCAAAAUGACAAGGGCUGUUGAUGCAUUUAAAAGAUCUGUCAAGCUGUGUGGCACAAAAGAGAUUCUGCUGCUUAGCAUCACAACAGCCUAUACAGGUCUGGAAUUAACAUUCUUCUCUGGAGUGUAUGGGACCUGUAUAGGUGCUGUAAAUAAAUUUGGUACCGAAGAAAAAAGUCUCAUUGGACUUUCUGGAAUUUUUAUUGGCAUUGGAGAAAUAUUAGGUGGAGGAAUCUUUGGCCUCCUAAGCAAAAGCAAUCAAUUUGGCAGGAACCCAGUGGUGAUGUUAGGCAUUGUGGUCCAUUUCAUAGCUUUCUAUCUGAUUUUCUACAACAUGCCAAAUGAUGCCCCCAUUGCCUCCAUGCGUGGGACAGACAAUAUAGCAUUCAUGGAACCAAGUAAAGAAGUGGCAAUUUUUUGCAGUUUCUUGCUGGGUCUAGGUGAUAGCUGUUUCAACACUCAGCUCCUCAGUAUUUUGGGAUUUCUGUACUCAGAAGACAGCGCACCUGCCUUUGCAGUCUUUAAAUUUAUCCAGUCUGUCUGUGCAGCCAUUGCAUACUUCUACAGCAACUAUCUGCUUCUUCAGUGGCAGCUUCUGAUUAUGGCCGUGGUUGGGUUCUUUGGGACGCUUUCCUUCUUCACUGUGGAGUGGGAGGUGCCAGCCUUUGUGGCCAAAAGCACAGAUUACAGCAGCAUUUGAUGAUGGCAUUUUCAGCAGCCUGAGGCAAUAUUCACAUGCAAAUGCAUGCUUACUGAAGAGACUUGAUAGCAUUUUCAAUCAUAGAACAUGGGAAAACUUAAAUACCAAAGUUUAAAUUUAAAUUUUUUUUUUGCUUCCGUUAUAAACUGUGGUGAUGGAAACUGCACACAACGUUGUGGAAGAGUAACCUGGCAAUUGGACCAGUGAGGCCUUCUUUUUACCAUUUCUACUUGCCAAGUGCCUCCAUCUUGUAUUUAUGCCCAUCCUUUGUGGAAUUCUACAAUUAUUCCUUUUAACCGCAUUUCUUUUUCAUUUUUACUUGUCUUUCUGUGAAUCCCAGAUUUUUUUUGCCGAUACAUGAGAAUAUUUUUUUCACAGGAUGUGAUACGCUGCAACAUAGAAAGUUAGUUCACUUUGUGGAUUGAUGUGGAAAUCCAUGGAGGGGUUCUAGGGCUUUUAAAAAAAAAAUCCCAUUCCAUUUUCUCCAAAUAACUCUUACAAUUAGUGUCAAUUUUUUAAAAAGAAAAGCUAUAUAUUAUGAGAUAAUAGCAGAAGGGAAUUAAAUGUACUUGCACAAGCUAUUCUGCUAACUUUAUCUGAGUCUAAUCAGAGGCAAAAAUGAUUAAGGUCCAGAGCCCCUGUAGUCCCCAUAUCUUUUCAUGUAUGCUCUGAGACUAUGUACUGUUUUCUCAGGAUCAAGGUAAUGAUGUUUGCUGCUAUAAGACUCUGUAGGAAAUGCACUCCAGAAGCUCCCAAAUCCUUUACCAUAGAGAUCCCACAAAUAUUCACAUGCUCAGGUGGCCUUGGUGAGUUCUGCAUGGCUUGUCACAUGCAUAACAUUUCUGAGCUGCUUGGAUAAGGGCUUGAUUAAGGAAACUGCUGUGUUGGAUUGUCGCCUCAUUUAUUUAAUUUGUUGGUAAAAGUAUUUGGGGAAGUUCACCAGCACAACCCAUUAGUAUUUUUUAAAUACUUCCUUAGCAUAAGACACUGUAAGUUUAGCAUUGUCAGGAUCCCAGAAAGGAACUCCAAUAGAGCAACGGUAACAGACUUGGGGCCAUUUUAAAAGUUAAAUCCUACAAAGUGCUUACUGUGGAAUCCUAUGCAUGUUUACUGAGGAGUAAUCCCACUAUCUUCAGUGGGUUUACUCCCUAGUUACUGUUCAGGAUUGUAGCCUAAAAAUGUAAAUGUAGAAAAAUGUGUGAAAACCAUGUGUGACAAUCACAGUGUCUGUGUUGUUGCGUGUACCCAAUCAUAAGCAUUAUAUUGUACACAGUGUAUUUCAAGCGAUAAGCGACAGCUGCUGGGGGGAAAUACUACAGCAGCCUUCUGCCUUCUGGCGCCCUCCAAAUGUUUUGGACUACAACUUCCAUCAGUCUGGGAGCUGGAGGUAUCUGUAGGCCAAAACAUCUACAGAGCACCAGAAAAGGUGGAAGGCUGCAUCUGGCUGGCCAUGCUAUAGACAGAACACUGGAUCAGAUCAUAUUCAGGGGACCAGUACAUGUGUUGAUUUGAGAAAUCACCAUGUGUACUCUCAAGAGCAGCUGGACCCAGAUACAGAGUGCAUGUACCUGGGUACAGAGUAAUACCCCCUAGAAAUACCCCCUAAAAAUUUGCCAUCUAGCAAGGCAAUUCUUACAGAAAUACAUACCUUAUAUGCAGCAGGAGGCUCUGAGACUGGCCCUUAAGGCACCAGCUUUUUGCUGCUGGGAGAAAAGCAAGGCCAUUGAAGCAUCCCAGCAUUGAGGCUCCAUGUGGAGAAUGAAGAUGAGCAAGCAUAACAGCUGUUCCCUAUCCACUUACCACUGGUUGCACAAAAGCAGCAAUAUCAGCCUUGUUGCAAUUCAAACGGUUAGCUCUCUUUGUAAGGACUAUUAAUCCACACCACCUAUUUAUGGAUUUGAGAGCUAAUUUUGUCUGCUUUUCCUAGAGCAAGGUGGAGUUCAAAGAGUGUCAGAACAAGUCCCUAUUUCCGGGAAAACUGCUUGAGCUUAUCCCAGCUGUUGAAGGCUGGGCAGAAGAAAUGUCAAGGGACAGGAAACAAAAGAAGCAAAAAGCUCACAGAAAUAGGGAAUUAGUCCUGUCAGUCAUUGCAUAUCUUGGAGGGGAGAGACACAGCUGCUCAGAGACAGAACCUUGCACAUCAUUCAAAAAAUCUCAUUUGAGACGGGGCACCAUCUCUGCUACCAAAGGCAAUUAAUUAGGGGAAUUAGUUAUUGUUGGCAUAAGUUUUGCAAUGCAUUUGCCUUGUCCCAAAUUAUUUACAUUCAUGAAAUAAUUUUGCAAACUGGCCUUGCUAGUUUUAUUGUCAUAUUUGUGCAUUUUUUAAAAAAAUAUGAUUUAAAAUAUUGUCAGUUAUGACACCAGUUGUGAGGGUAUUGCUUCAUUUCUUUUUUGUGAUUACAUCAUCUAAAUAAAAAUGAACCUCAGCUAA